GAGUGGCCUGUGCACGUUUCUACUUAAAUGUAAAAAUAGUGGCGCAAGAAGCUUGUGGGUAAUGACUGAGGCAGGAGGAGUGACUUUAAACUACUGGCUUUGUCUCUUUACCAAAUCCUACCAGCAGAGGGCGACAUAAAACUAUAUGAUGGCCAGACACACACACACACACACACACACACACACACACACACACACACACACACACACAGAGAUGUUCCUGCUUUAUCCUGUACAUUUUUUUGUUUAUUAUGGUAAGAGAAAGAGCACGUGUGUGUGUGUGUGUGUGUGUGUGUGUGUGUGGUAGACUGACAAACACAGUGCUGCCUUCUGUAGUGUGCUGAUAGCGCCUCCUCUAGUUGCAUGUAGAGAUAAAAAUACAUAAAACAUUGCUAACAGGAAGCUUGGUUCUGGUGGAACUGCAGUUCUGUUUUUGGCCUGUUAGUGGUCCUCUCUUAGGUAAAUGCUUUUUCAGCAGCCACAGGAAGUCACAAAUGUGUGUUUACCUUCAAAAACAUGAAUGUGUAAUGAUUUACUGUUAAAUUCUACUUAUAAUCUCACAGGCUUUACUGAAAACUUUUAAAAAGAAGGUAUUUCUGUUGUUCUGGUGUCAGUUAGCCAUUGUUCUGUUGCUGUUAUGAAUCCUUAGCAAUCCACUGGAUUGUUGCCCGGCAACAGAGUUCUAAACAAGUUUUUCUGAAGGUUUUCUGUGGUUGAAACAAAACUGACAAACACAACCAGCUAAGCUGCAAACGAGACACACCAGGAGUUUUAAUCUCUUGCUGAACUUGGAAUACGAACAAAUCAAGAUGUCACACUUCGAUCAAGCAGAUUACGCUGUUUUCAGAGAGAGACUGGCGGUCAUACAGAGGAGAGGGAACAGGGUCGAGCUCCUGAUGAAACAAGUGCAGGAAAAGCUGACGGAAGUUGAUUUUUUGAUGAAACAAGAGCGGGAAAAGCUGAUGGAAGUUGAUCUUUUGAUCAAACAAGAGCGGGAAAAGCUGAUGGAAGUGAAUCUUUUGCAGUUUCGGCUGGGGCUGCAAGCGAAAUCUGUGCAAGAAGAACUUCAGGAUCUGGGAUGGCUGACGGCAGAACGGCAUCGCGGACUUUACUCUUCAUCAGGUCCGGGGUCUCGGCUGGAGUCGUGUGAUUAUGAUUAUCUUAUGCCACAGUACCUGGACACAGUUAGUCCUGAAACAUGUGAUGGUCCCAUCCUGUAUCGAUCACCCUACAAACAAAGAGCCACAGAAAUGAUUCAACAUGACAGCGAUUACACCUCAGACACAGAUUCAGUGCUUCUCAGACGUAACCUCUCACCACGGUCACCUGAGAACUGGAGUCCGAACGAAUCCGAGAGCUUUCUGUCAGAAGGAGAUGGAGAGGCAGAAGUUUGGGUGGACGAGGAACCAAAAAGGCGAAGGAGAAAUACUCUGUAGACCACGGGGACGUUUGCAGGACCUGUCAGAGACAUUUUACAUCCCAGCUCAUCCUGCAAAUGGAAGAAAACAAUUAUUCAAUAACUGAUGAGCAUAUCUAUUUGUCAGUGCUUAUUUUGAGUUGGUAAAUGGAAAAUAAAUUAUAAAAGUGUAUAAAGCGAUGGG